CUGCUCCUGCUCGCCCUGCACGGCUGCCUGGGCUCGGCGCGCGGGCUCUUUCUCUUCGGCCAGCCCGAUUUCUCGUACAAGCGCAGCAACUGCAAGCCCAUCCCAGCUAACCUGCAGCUGUGCCACGGCAUCGAGUACCAGAACAUGCGCUUGCCCAACCUGCUGGGCCACGAGACCAUGAAGGAGGUGCUGGAGCAGGCGGGCGCGUGGAUUCCGCUCGUGAUGAAGCAGUGCCACCCGGACACCAAGAAGUUCCUGUGCUCGCUCUUCGCCCCCGUCUGCCUCGAUGACCUGGACGAGACCAUCCAGCCCUGCCACUCGCUCUGCGUACAAGUGAAGGACCGCUGCGCCCCGGUCAUGUCCGCCUUCGGCUUCCCCUGGCCCGACAUGCUCGAGUGCGAUCGUUUCCCCCAGGACAAUGACCUCUGUAUCCCCCUCGCUAGCAGCGACCACCUCCUGCCGGCCACGGAAGAAGCUCCAAAGGUAUGUGAAGCCUGCAAAAAUAAAAACGAUGAUGACAACGACAUAAUGGAAACCCUUUGUAAAAAUGAUUUUGCGCUGAAAAUAAAAGUGAAGGAGAUAACCUACAUCAACAGGGACACCAAAAUCAUCCUGGAGACCAAGAGCAAGACCAUUUACAAGCUGAACGGUGUGUCUGAAAGGGACCUGAAGAAAUCGGUGCUGUGGCUCAAAGACAGCUUGCAGUGCACCUGCGAGGAGAUGAAUGACAUCAAUGCGCCCUAUCUGGUCAUGGGACAGAAGCAGGGUGGGGAGCUGGUGAUCACUUCAGUGAAGCGGUGGCAGAAGGGGCAGAGAGAGUUCAAGCGCAUCUCCCGCAGCAUCCGCAAGCUGCAGUGCUAGUUCUGGGGUCCCAGAGACUCCAGAGCUCCCUUGGCCAUUUCAGGUGGAUUACUUCUGCCCAGAACAUCAUUUCCGGCUUCUCGAGCACAGCCAGGGCUGCUCCUUCUGCAGCCCAGAGCCGCUUUGCCAGCCUUUUGCACUUUUCCAUCCCAGUAUUUCCUGAGUUGCAAGGCCCUCAGAGGCCUCAGGAAUGGAUUUCUGUCUCCGUAUAUAUAAAGGGAAAACCCAAACUAAUAAAGUCAUGAAUGUUUUUAUGAGUAUUUAAAAUGGCUCAUGUGAAGGCUAAUUUUGAAUAGAUGUGACUGACUUGGGUCUGAUUUUUCUCUUUUAACUCACUGUUGGGUUAGAAUCAGCUGAUUUUUACAACGCACUGAGGUGGCUGUAACAUGCAAGAUGCUUCCUUUUUCCCUGGGGCUCGAAUCCAUGGAUUGCACACUUUGUUGGGAUAAAGCGGGCUGUUAUCCCAACAUCUUCCUCAGCUCCAGCCUGAGACUCACUAAGCAUUCACUUACCAUUUUACACCCUCACUAGGAACUCACACUGUUGCAUGUGUCACAUUUGAGCUGCAAUACUUCCAUUUAUAAAAGCACAUUAGCCACUCAUAGCAUGAUGUCUUCAAAUAAAGGGCCAAGUACAUAAACUUUGUAAUUGACUUGAGUACUUUAAGGCUUGUUUAAAGCAUCUUUUUACUCAAUAUUUUGCAAAUGAAGCCAUUGUAGCUUACCUGUAAUAUACAUAGUAGUUUACCUGAAAAGUUGUAAAAAUACUGCUUUAACCAACACUGUAAAUAUUUCAGAUAAACAUUAUAUUCUUGUAUAUAAACAACAUCCUGGCUCACCCAUGGUCUUGCGU